UUCAUCUUAUCAAGGGUUAAAUAUUAAUCUAAUAUUUUUACCUGCUUGUGUAUUUUUUUUGUGCGGUUGACGAAUAUAAUUUUUACGAUUAAACGACACGUCCGAAUCAAUUGGCAUAUUAAAGAGUGAUUGAUCUGGAUAUUGGAUUAUAAUUUUGAUAAAAGACCAAGCAUGUCAGAAAGUCCAGAAGCACUAGAUGCAAGGUUGACCAAGGAGGUGACUCUGUUAUCCACGAAAUUAGUUACGGCAGUUGCUAAACAAUCUGAAUUGGAAGAGAAUGUAUUACAUUUACAUAAGGAAAAUACUAAUUUAAAGAGCUCAGUGAAUGAAUUGAAAUCAUUUGAGAGUAAGUAUUCCAAUUUAUUUCCCAAAUAUAAUCAAUUAUAUAAGGAUUAUCAACAAUUGAAGGCACAAAAGGAUUCCACCGAAACAGAAAAUAAAAAAUUACAAAGUGAAGUUGAAGAUUUAAGUGAAUCACUUUUCAAUGAAGCAAAUCAGAUGGUCAGUGAUGCUCUGAGAGAAACAUAUAACUUCAAGGUUAAAAAUCGUAAACUAUAUGAAGAGAUUGAUGAAAAGAAUGCUAUAAUUGAUAACUUACAAGAUCAAUUAAAAGAUUUGAAAAAUUUAUUUAUUAAAAUAGAAGAUCAACAAAAACUUUUUCAAUCUAACUCUAAAUCUAAUACGCCCAAAUUAGAUCUGUCACAAUUUACUAAUGAUGAGAUUUUGAAGGAAGAUUAUCAAACAAUUUUGACUUCGGGAGAAAAUUCAUUAUAUGUACAACAAUUACAAUCUAUAAUAUAUUCACCAACAGUUAAAGCCAUCAGAUUUGAUUUGGCGAUUUAUCAACAAGACUUUAAAUCAUUUAUUUAUCAAAUAAUAAAACCUGAUUUUACAUUUGAUUUAGUUAAUUUGCAAAAAUUAAAAUUUUUCAAAAAAAUUUGGCAAGAAGAAUUAGAAACUAGUAUUGGACAAGUACCAGUAAUACCAACAUCAAGUUUUAUAAAUCGUUGGCAAAAAGGGAAAAAUUUUUGGAAUUUAUUAGUUGAAGGUAAAGCCAUGAUUCAACCAGUUAGUGGGAUUAAUGAAACUUUUAAAUUAACAUAUAAGGGGAAAAACCGUAAUUAUAAUGAAGUACCGGUUGCAGUUAAAGAUCCAUGUACAUUUUGUGGAGAAAAUAAAGAUGACGUCUUAGAACAUGCAAGAUUAUAUACGUUAAAAUUAUUCAGAGGGACCACCAAUAUAAAUGGAGAAAAACAUGAAGUUAUUGCUAAUUAUCCAUUAUGUAAUUUUUGUCUCAUCAAAUUAAGAAAUAUUUGUGAAUUUUUCGCCAAGUUAAGAUUAAUAAAUCAAAAUGUUUAUAAAUUAAAACAAAAUAAUUCAUAUGAUGAAUUUGCUCAUAGUUCAAAUUCAAAUUUUCAAUUUAAGAGAAAUUCUGGUGGAUUAUCUGACUGGGAAAAACUUGGUAAUAGAAGAUCAAAUACUUCACCCUCGUUAUCGACUUCUAAUGAUUUGGAUAAACUUUCACUUGAAAGUAAAGAAAACGGAGGAACUGUUCCAAAAGAAGCUAGGGGAAUUGAUAAACAUCAAACCGGACCAACUGUUGAUAUGAUUGAAGAAUCAAUUAUAAUGAAAUUAUAUAUCUUAUUGAUAUUAAUAAGGAAUAAAAUAUAUUGGAGUAAGAUUGGAUUUUGGGAUAACGUUGACGAUAUUGAAGAAUUGAAUAUUGAUGAAAUCCAUUAUGAUGCUUUCAAAAUCAUCUUAGAAGAAGAAAUCACUUUAAGACAUGGGAAACAAAUUCCUGCUCCGCCUAAAAAAGCUUAUGGAUCUCCAAGUGAAAAAGUCCCUGCUUCUCCAAGCGGAAAAGCCCCUGCUUCUCCAAGUGAAAAAGUCCCUGCUUCUCCAAGUGAAAACGUCCCUGCUUCUCCAAGUGAAAAAGCCCCUGCUUCUCCAAGUGAUUUAAAAUACAAAAAAGAUAAGGAUGAUAGCGAAGACGAAUUUGCCGAUAGCUCAACUACAUUUACUAAAGAAACACCCAUAGAUAACACAGUCACCCCGGGUGACAGUCCAGUAAAGAGCACUACAGAGGUCAGCUCAGAUCACUCGCUUCCUGCAAAUAGCAUUGAAUCAACCGAUUCCACCGAUAAAGAUGAAGUACUUGAGGCUGACUCUGAAAAUAAACUAACCAGGAAAAAAAGUAAGAGUAAACAGUUUAAAAAAAAAAUGAACAACGAUUUGAAUGAAACCAUGGAAAUGCUCAGAGAAAGCAUAGAACAUUGA